UGGCAACCUCCGCUGAUCCUCUCAGGAUUUCAGUUCAGCUGGUAGUUCGCGAUCCCGUGGGCGUGGCAAGAGGAAGAAUGACUACUCGCGUUGUGGUUUUUGACCCGGAAGUUACCAGGAUACCGGAAGAGGUAGUUCGCGUGCCAGAAACGUGUCGGCUAUCCCAGAAGUGAAGAAGAAAAAAGUCGGGAGGUACUGUAGAUGCUCUCCAGGUCCUUGAUUAUGGAGUAUUUGGCUCAUCCUAGCACAGUCUGCUUUGCUGUCGGAGUUGCUUGUGGUGUGUGCCUGGGCUGGAGCCUACGGGUUCGCUUUAGGAUGGCUCCCAAAAACAUGACGAGUGAGAUGGACACAGACGCUGGAACUGAAGCAAGCAUCUUGGGAGAAAGUGGGGAAUACAAAAUGAUUCUUGUGGUUCGAAAUGAUUUAAAGAUGGGAAAAGGGAAAGUCGCUGCCCAGUGUUCUCAUGCUGCUGUUUCUGCCUACAAGCAAACUCAAAAGAGAAACCCUCAGGUGCUCAAAGAGUGGGAAUACUGUGGCCAGCCGAAAGUGGUGGUCAAAGCCCCUGAUGAAGAAACCCUGAUUGAGUUACUGACCCAUGCAAAAAUGCUAGGACUGACUGUAAGCUUAAUCCAAGAUGCUGGACGCACUCAGAUUGAACCGGGCUCUCGAACUGUCCUAGGAAUUGGACCAGGACCAGCGGAUCUAAUUGACAAAGUUACUGGUCACCUAAAACUUUACUAGGUGGGAUUUGUAUGACUAUGAUUCUACUACAGGUGUUUGAAGCCUAUCAAAUUCAAAUAAUAAAAGCUAAAUUUUUCCUCACAGUUUAAAUAUUGAGAUGAAAAUAAAAUCCAUUCCUAUGUUUUGUCA